CCAUGCUAGACCGUAGUGGGCAACAGUGUUACAGUCACAAUACAAUACAUGAAAGCUAAAAGGAAACCUCUUGACUUUCUAGUCUUAGUUUUAAACAUGGCUUGAGUUGGGACUGUAGAAGCCUCAGCCAAUUUCGAUGAUUAUAGAAGUCUCUGAGGAAGCGAAGAGACCAUGUGUAACAUCUCAACCUCGUGCAAUGUUGACUCGAACAUAGACCAGUUCUUCCAGCCGGCGCUGUAUAUUAUCGUCAUCGUCCUUGGGUUCCCCACCAACUGCAUGGCCCUGUGGGCCGCGUACAUGCAGGUCAGACAGAAGAACGAGUUGGGGGUCUACUUGAUGAACCUCUCGGUGGCUGACCUCUUGUAUAUAGCCACUUUGCCGCUUUGGAUCGACUAUUUCCUCCACCAUGACAACUGGAUCCACGGUCAAGUGUCCUGCAAGCUGUUCGGUUUCAUCUUUUACACCAACAUCUACGUCAGCAUCGCCUUCCUCUGCUGCAUAUCUGUGGAUCGUUACUUGGCAGUGGCUCAUCCCCUGAAAUUCGCUAAAGUCCGCAGGGUCAAAACAGCCUUGCUGGUCAGCGUUGUUGUGUGGGUAACAGAAAUAGUGGCCAACUCUGCGCCUCUCUUCCACGAUGAGCUUUUCAAGGACCGCUUCAACCACACCUUCUGCUUCGAGAAGUAUCCCAUGCAGGAUUGGGUGGCCGGGAUGAACCUUUACCGUACUUUUCUCGGUUUCUUGGCGCCUUGGGGAGUGAUGUUGGCUGCGUACAGAGGCAUCCUGAGAGCCGUGCGCAGUAACGUCUCCACUGAGCGCCAAGAGAAGGCCAAAAUCAAGAGGCUGGCCCUCAGUUUGAUCCUCAUCGUCCUCCUCUGCUUUGCUCCCUAUCACGUCCUCCUGUUGUGGCGUAGCGUGCUCUUCCUUAGCAACCCCUGCGAUUGCGGUGCUGAGGAGAACUUGUUUGGUGCUUAUCAUGUGACUCUAGCACUCACCAGCCUCAACUGUGUGGCGGACCCCAUCCUCUACUGCUUUGUCAACGAAGGGGCCCGUCAUGACGUGGGCCGGGCCCUGGCCACUCUCUUCGGUCUCUUCCAACGGGACCAAAGCCCAGAGGCACUCAUGGGAGCGUCCAUCACCGUUGAGACGCCUCUGGCUAUGAAGAAGCCCGAUUUCUACAGUGAGGUCAAAACGAAUGCUUAUAAAACUGACAUUGAAGUGCUCAAAGACGAGUGCCUUCAAAUGACCAUUCUCAGUGUUAAAAAGUGAAGUUAAAUGUCGAUGUGACAUACAGCGGCCCCAUAAAGUGUGUGGACACUUACGUGCACACUUAAAACUUAAUUUUUAUUGAAAUUAGCAAAAUAUUAAACCAAGUGGCAUCUGCAAAUGCUGCUAGAGCUUAUCUUAAAAAAACAAACAAACUCCGUUUCUGUGUGCUAUUUUGUCAGUGACUUUUAAAGCCCAAAGUAUACUUCGGUAUUGAUGCGAAUGCUUACGAACACAGGCCCAUAGCAUAUGCGCAUUGUGAAGAUUUGUCCUUGUCCAGUAUCUACGCUAUUUCUCUCGAGAAGUCAUGACUGAUAAAAUUGUCUUUGUACUCAUUUAAACUAGAGUUGCGUGUAUCUCUUAACCCCUUCACACAAGUAAUUGUCAACGAGAGUGUCUGUUGUUGUUGCGGUCUCCAGCAGUUUGUUUUUCUGUUUGUUUCUGCUUUGACUGUUAAACAAUGGGCUGGGGCAGUGUCGCCACCUUAUGGAUAAGCUAAUUACUGCAACAAAAAAAAAAAAUCGAUGUGCAUGUGCGAGUGUACUGUACAUAUUAUGGUGAUGAAGUUUUAUAUUACGUUGAUUUCUAGUAGAUGUAUGAAGUUCUCCUCACUAACAUUUAACAACCAAAAAAGUCAGAAUACUUUUUUGCCUAAAUUUUUAACAAUAUUUCUUUUGU